AUGCCUUACUACGGUAAUCCUAGCCAAGGCUGCUCAAGCUGCCGGCAAAGACGAAUCAAGUGUGAUCGGGUAGAUCCUAUAUGCUCGCAAUGCAAGCGAGGAAACAAAAAAUGUGGUGGCUAUCGAGACAUCUCGUCUCUGCUAUUCCGCAAUGAGAACGAUAAAACCGCUCGACGGAGUGCAGAGGCGAAAGCCAAAACGAUGGCUCGCCGAGAGCUGGAAGAUGCGGCUUUAGAGUCUAAUACAUCAAGCCCCGGCCCACGAUUUGCGCCUACUCCGUCGGAGGCUUUGCUGUUCCGAAGGGCGCAGCUGUUCCUAGUUGCUCCACGCAUCGUCGCCCCGCUUUCGUCUUCGGCGGAGGAGCUCGGCCUGAAGUUCUUCGUGGCUCGUUUUGGAACCCCCGAAGUGACUCGACCAGAUGGCUCUCCACAUACCUUACAGCCAUCCCAUUUUUUUGGGGCAAUACACUAUGAUCAGUCAGCUCGGGAUGCGGUUGUCUCGGUGGGGCUGGCUGCCAUGUCCAAUGUCACUCGGGACAAAGCAAUGCGAAUAUUAUCGAGAGAGAAACAUGCUACGGUCAUCAACGCUGUCCAGAAGGCCGUGAGUAAUCCUGCGCAGGCAAAUCCAGAUAGCACGUUUCACAAGAUUGUCAUGUUGAGUUUAUACGAGAUGGUGAGCUGUUCCUCAGAUCAAGUAGAUCGCUGGACAGUGCACCUGGAUGGUGCUGCUGCAUUGCUCCGACAAUCUACAUUCAAACGGGCAAUGACGACGUUGGAUCAUCGAGCCCAGUUGCAAUUCUACUUUGCUUCACUGGUCAAAUAUUUUCUGCCGCGGAGGGAUAUUCCUCCGGAUUUGUUGAAAUGGUCACCAAAGAUCAUGGAAUCCGCGCCCCAUGAAAUUCUUCCUGCUGUCAAUCUUGUCGAUAUCUUGAUAAGAUUCAUGAAGUUCGACGUAUCUUUGCGUGCAAAAGUCCACGAUCCACGGACAGUGGCCACCUCAGCAGCGUUGUUCGAGAUCGAACUUCGAGACUGGGAAGCCUCUCUUCCGGAAAAUUGGUCCUUUGUCGCCAAAUACACAGAUAAGACAGACAAUCGCCAGCAUACCUUUCACGGCCAAUUUCAUAUCUACCGAGAUAUAUGGGUCUCGAGAGUUUUCAAUCACUACCGCUGGGGACGAGCGCUGGUCAACGAGCUGAUUUUAAGCCAGGUUUCAAGCAUCAAGUGGCCCACUGCAGAUGAGUUUGUUCAACGACAACAAGCAUUGGACACGAUUUCUUGCAUGACAAUUGAUAUCUGCGUUGGAGCUGCCAGUCAAGAGGCUCUCUCCCAGCGCGGCGCUGUAGUUGAAUGCCCAUCGCAUGUACCACCAUUAAACGGUAUAUUCAUGCUGCUUUUCCCACUAGCCGUUGCAGGUGGUAUAGCCGGGGUGUCAGAUGAAGUUCAUGAAUGGGUCAUUGCGACUCUUGAACGAAUCGGGUGUACCAUGGGGAUUCAGCGAGCUAUUGAGAUGAUACCCGAAUUAAAGAGAAAUCAUGGGCAAUGGAAACUAGACCAGGAGCGGUGGAAACAGAUAUAUAUGGCUUAA